AUGGCAGAGAUAAACAAGAACGAGGUCGACAUUGUCAUUGGUGCUGUUAAUGCUGAUCUAACACAAUUCUUGAGCAGCUGGAGACCUUUCUUCUCCGGAUUCCAUCUCAUUGUUGUCAAAGACCCUGAGCUCAAGGACGAGCUCAACAUACCAGAUGGCUUUGACGUAGAUGUCUACUCAAAGACCGACAUGGAGAAAGUCGUGGGCGCGUCCAAUUCCUCCAUGUUCUCAGGCUACUCUUGCAGAUAUUUCGGUUACCUCAUAUCCAAAAAGAAGUACAUUGUCUCCAUCGAUGACGACUGUGUCCCUGCUAAAGAUCCCAAGGGGUUCCUUGUCGAUGCCGUCUCUCAGCAUGUGAACAACCUCGAGAAACCAGCCACGCCUCUCUUCUUCAACACCCUUUACGAUCCUUACACCGAGGGAGCUGAUUUCGUCCGUGGAUACCCUUUCAGUCUCCGUGAAGGUGUCCCUUGUGCUGCGUCUUGUGGACUCUGGCUUAACCUAGCUGAUCUUGAUGCUCCAACACAAGCUCUCAAGACAGAGCAGAGGAACACUACGUACGUUGAUGCGGUUUUGACUGUCCCACUCAAGGCUAUGCUACCGAUAAGCGGAAUCAACAUCGCUUUCAACCGUGAGCUGGUGGGUCCAGCUCUUGUGCCUGCGCUUAGAUUGGCUGGAGAAGGGAAAGUGAGAUGGGAGACACUUGAAGAUGUUUGGUGUGGGAUGUGUCUGAAGCAUAUCUCUGAUCAUUUGGGUUAUGGUGUGAAGACCGGACUGCCUUAUGUGUGGAGGAACGAGAGAGGAGAUGCUGUGGAGAGCUUGAGGAAGAAAUGGGAAGGAAUGAAGCUGAUGGAGAAGAGUGUUCCGUUUUUCGAGUCGCUCAAGUUGCCUGAGACUGCGCUCAAAGUUGAAGAUUGUGUGAUUGAGCUUGCUAAAGCUGUGAAAGAGCAGUUAGGUUCAGAGGAUGCUGCAUUCACGCAAGCUGCUGAUGCUAUGGUUAAGUGGGUCCAGCUCUGGAACUCUGUUAACUCGAGCGAGUGA